GCGGGCCACCUGUGAAAAGUAACAUGGAUCCCCAUCUCCAGACCCUGAGCUAUACGAAUAUCUCAUUAUGCUUUUUGGUGCGAAGGAGUGUGGUCGCCUCUUGUUUACCUUUUUUGCGUGUUCACAAUGUCGUCAAAUAGGAAACGUGUGAUUAUAAUUAAAGAAAAGUUGAAGAAAUUAGAGGAAAUCUCUACAAAAAAUAAAGAAAUCAGAAAAUACCAUCACAACUUUUUGCCAGACGAUAAAGAAACUUCCGCAUCAAAAUUCAGUGAAGAAGAAUAGAUGAAAAUAUUUUAAGAUUUUAUCAAAAGUUGUAUUAAGCC